CAAAAACGAAACAAGAGCAUGAAGAUUCCAUUAGCAUUAUUGUGCUUUUGUAGCACAGUGUGGGCUAGUUCAGAACCAAUUGUCAUCCCAGAUUGCGUGCUCGCUGCGUCAGGUGGCUAUGCCUACCCUCCGCCAAAAGUGCAGCUGUCAGUAGCGCCCGCCAGAGCUAAAUAUAAAAUACCGUUGCAAUUGUCAGGCCACUUGGGCAGUGGAUAUCUCAAUGUUGAUACAGAGAAAUCAUCAGAAUCAUAUUAUGAAAGCGGAGUCGGACUAUCGCAGGCCGCACAUAGUGAAAAACUGCUGCAAUUGUCAACAAAUCUAGCAACAAAAGGUGGUGGCAUCACAUACGCCGAUCAGCCACUCAAAACACCAGAAUUGAAAAAUUUGCUUACGCCCGCUAUUUCCAGACAAUAUCUGCCGGCAGUAGCAGCCCCCUUGACAUCGCCUGGCUUAGCCAAGACGUACACCAGCCUACCAAGCCUGCCAUCGCCUGCUAUUUCGAAAAGCGCCGAAUAUGAAUCAUCUGCUUACGCAUACUAUCAAUCCAGUCCAACGAUCUCGAAAACUUCCCCAUAUGUCGCACCAUAUGGGCCCGCCGCCAUAUCCUAUGGCGCGCCCUACAAUCCUAAGUUGAUAAAUUCGCUAGCCGCCACAUCGCUGACUAAAUUAGAUGGAAAUUUAUUGACGGCCAAAACAGCUGAACCACUCGGCUCUUACUCGUAUGCGCCGCAACUAAGCAGCACCUAUCUUUCCAGUAGCGGCAGUGGCGCGGUGUCACAUCAGCAUGUUUCAAGGCCGUUACAACAAAUUAGCUAUGUCGCACCGGCUAUACAAAAGAUUCCAACCCUCGUCGCCCCUUCAGUCGCCAAAGUGGAGUCAUAUGCCGCCAGUAGUAGCGAAAAGUAUGGUGCCAGUGGCGCAGUUUCUCAUCAGUAUGUUUCAAAGCCAAUACAAGCAGUCAGUUAUGCCAGUCCAAGUGCGGUUAAAGUCGCUCCCAUAGCAACACCACUCGUGGCACCAGCGCUUACACACUACUCGACCGGACCAUCCGCUCUAUCGUCGCUCCACGCCGUCGGCGGUGGUCAGACGCUGAAGUACGCAAGUGGUGGCGCAGUGUCGCAUCAGUACGUUUCAAAACCACUACAACCGAUCAGCUAUGCAGCUGCACCGGUAGCGAAACUGCCAGCUAUUGCUCUACCCGCUGUAUCUAAGGUAGCCACUUACGCUGCGCCUGCUGUGGCACAGUAUUCUUCGGGCCAUGGAUUUUCCAGUAGCGCAGUUUCACAUCAACAAAUUUCGAAACCCAUACAACCGCUUGUGCAGACUUACUCGGCGCCUGCGAUAACUAAGGUCGCCGCUGUUGCACCACUAGUUGCGCCAACUAUUACACAAUACUCUUCAGGCGUCGGUCUAUCUUCCACCCAUUCAGGAUCGGAAUCUAUAAAGUAUUCAAGCGCUGCUGCAGUUUCACAUCAAUACGUUUCGAAGCCUUUGCAACCGGUAAGCUAUGCCGCAGCGCCGGUGGCUAAAAUACCUGCUGCCGUCAUACCGGCCGUAAGUAAAUUGGAAGCUUAUGCUGCACCCGCAAUUACUCAGUAUUCUUCUGGACUCGGACUUUCGCAGCUCGGUGGGUACGCUACAUCAGGGCACGGCUACGCCGGUGGCGCCAUUUCACAUCAACACGUUUCCAAACCCAUACAGACCAUAACUUAUUCUGCACCUACGGUAUCCAAAAUAGCUGUUAUAACACCCGUUUUAAAACCAGCUUUGACAGCUAUUCAUACCGGCGCGGAGUCUGUCAAAUACUCAGGUGGUGGCGCAGUUUCGCAUCAGUAUGUUUCGAAACCUUUGCAAACGGUUAGUUACGCCGCAGCGCCGGUGGCUAAGAUAGCGCCCUUGGCCAUACCCGCUGUCGCUGCGCCUACGCUCACGCAAUACUCGUCUGGUCACGGCUUGUCUAAAAUUGUCAGCAAUUACGGAGCCUAUGGCGCCUCGGGCGCUGUGUCGCAUCAGCAGAUUUCCAAGCCUAUACAAACGUUGACUUAUUCAGCGCCUGCUGUAACCAAGGUCGCUGCCGUGGCACCAAUUGCAGCGCCUGUGCUCACGCAGUACACAUCAGGCUCAGGUCUGUCAUCUAUUCAUUCGGGAUCUCAAUCAGUGAAAUAUGCAAACGGUGGCGCUGUUUCCCAUCAAUACGUGUCCAAGCCUGUACAGACGGUGAGCUACGCGGCUGCGCCUAUAGCAAAGGUACCAACGCUUGCAGUUCCCGCUGUUACUAAGGUAGCCACUUAUGCAGCGCCCGCAAUUACACACUCAAGUUAUUCCUCAGGUCAUGGAUUAUCCAGUGGCGGCGCUGUUUCACAUCAAUACGUGUCCAAGCCUGUACAGACGGUGAGCUACGCGGCUGCGCCUAUAGCAAAGGUACCAACGCUUGCAGUUCCCGCUGUCACUAAGCAAAGCUCAAGUUAUUCCUCAGGUCAUGGAUUAUCCAGCGUUCCCGCUGUCACUAAGGUAGCCACUUAUGCCGCGCCAGCAAUUACACAGUAUUCUUCUGGCCUUGCCUCUGCGUCUAUACACGCCGGUGCACAGUCAAUCAAAUAUGGCAGUAGUGGCGCAGUUUCGCACCAGUAUGUUUCGAAACCUUUACAACCAGUUAGUUAUGCGCCUGCGUCAAUAGCAAAAGUUCCAGCAGUUGCAGUCCCGGCAGUUACAAAGUUGGCAACAUAUGCCGCACCCGCAGUGUCACAAUAUUCCACCGGCCUUGGGAUAUCACAACAUGGUAGCUAUGCUACCGGCUCCGCCGUUUCAUCUAUUCAUGGCAGUGGCGCUGUUUCACAUCAGCAGAUUUCAAAACCUCUACAACCGCUCGCUUAUGCCACCCCCACCAUAACAAAAGUCGCUGCUGUCGCACCAGUUGCCGUAGGCCCUCUUGUCACGCAAUACUCUUCAGGCUCUGGCUUAGGGUCCAUACAUUCAGGAUCUCAGUCAGUGAAAUAUGCAAGCGGUGGCGCAGUUUCGCAUCAAUAUGUGUCCAAACCUUUGCAAACGGUCGGCUAUUCCUCAGUUCCACUGGCUAAAGUGGCCACUUACGCAGCACCCGCUGUUACACAUUACACCUCAGGUCUGGGAGUUUCGAGUGGUGAGUCUAUAAAAUAUGCCAGCGGCGGUGCCAUUUCCCAUCAACAAGUUUCGACGCCAUCAAAGUCGCUGCUCUUUGCCAGUCAAGCUGCUACACUAACAACUCCAGUCAUUAGCGCGCCCAAAGCUUACCUACCACCUGCUCUCAGCAUCACGAAAUCGACGACUUAUCCACUUCCAGGUGUAACAUCCAUCCACUCCAGCACUGGUUAUGGUGGUUCUAGUGGUUCUGUUUCGCAUCAAUACGUCUCCAAGCCUGCUGUUGCACUGAGCAAAAUAACACCCUACUCAGCGCCGGCGGCUAUUACGCCCAUCAUAUCUAGCCCUGCGAUAGCAAAAGUAGGCGCAUAUGCCUCGCCGGGCAUAGCAUCGAUCCACUCUGCUGGUGCUGGUGCAGUUGGUUUGGCCAAGUUAUCAACAGGCAGCGCGAUCUCACAUCAAUACUCGAGUUCAGCUGGUAAAUCAGGUAUCAGUGCGUAUACGGCCCAUACUGCACCUGGUAGUAUUGGUUUGGGUAAAUACGUAUCCAAUGAAGCGCUCCUCCAUCAACAACCAAUUCCUUUAGUAGCGAAUUUGGCGCAUUCCACUUUGGGCAAAUCAAGUUUGAGCUAUUCCGCUUCAGCACCGUUAACGACAACUGGAUAUUCAUCGAUUCCUCUCGGACACGGUGAUUCAUAUUAUGGAGCGAUAGCUUUGGGACACACUGGCCUAUCACCGAUUUUAAAACUUGGCGGAGCGGCACAAUCCUCCCUACACGGCAUUGGUGCGAAUUUAAAUGUGUCACCGUUAAAAUAUGGUGCGCCAGCGGGUUUGCCACUGCUAAAGGGUCAAGGUGAAUUGUUAAAUGGCUAUGCGCAUGGAAUUGGCGGCAUUGGGCCAUUAGGCGCUGGCCUCUAUCGAUAUGCACCUGCAGUUUCACCGUUACUUGCGCAUAGUGCCAGCCCUAACACAUAUCUAAAGACGCAACCUGCACUCAAAAUACAGCCGGCUGUUAUCAAAACGAUACCAGAGAAACACUAUGAACACUAUAGUGACCACGCAAGAUAUGCUUUCGAGUAUGGUGUAAACGAUCCAUAUACCGGCGAUAUAAAACACCAGAAAGAGGAACGUGAUGGUGAUGUUGUAAAAGGCGAGUACUCUCUGGUGGAACCCGAUGGCAAUGUUCGCACCGUUAAGUACUAUGCCGAUUGGGAGACAGGAUUUCACGCUCAAGUCAUUAAUAGUCGAGAUUCCGGAAAAUUAGUCACAAAACGGGGUUCACCGAAAUCGUGAAUAUUUUUUAAGAAUAUGAAAGAAAUUUUAGUUAAAUACACUCAUCAUCAUUUUGUAUCAUUUUUACAUUUUAUUUUUUGUAGUUAGUUUAAAAAAAAAAAUGCCAUCUGUGUAUAAAGCGUAAAUAUGUACAUACAUAUGUUUAUGAAGAAUCCCAUUACAUUUGUGAAAAGCCAUUACAAAGCAACGCAAUUUCAUAAACAUAGCACUUAUGCAACUAGAAAUUUGAUAAAAAUAAUAGUUUCUUCGAGUUUUUUAGAGCUUGGUCAAAAAAAAUAUCUAUAUAAGAAAAAAUUAUGUAUGUAUGUCCAUAAAUUUUCAUAAAUUACCAGGACAAUUGGGCAUUAAUUACCCAACUCGUAUAUUUAUUUUGAUAAAUCAAAGCAGCAAAUUAUCUCUCAGCAACUCAAAUUAUGGCUGCAUAAUUACAUAAAUAUUUACAUAAAUACAUAGUUACGAAAUAAUAAUUUCCAUCCGGGUAUAGCACGAUUUUCACCACUUUUCUACCGAAAAAGACCAUUGUAAAUACAAGAAAAAUAAAAAAAUACGAUUAAGUGUCUAAA